ACGCAGAUCUUGGACUUCCAGAUUGACGACAUCGUCCGCCCGAGAAACCUCCUGGGCACGGAGGGACGCUUGCGGCGCACGCGGGCGGCCGUGCAGGCAGAUAUCGACGGCGAUGGCCUUCUUUCCCUGGAUGCACUGGCAAAUGUCUUCGCACAGAAGUUAAGUCAAGAAGAGGCCAAACAGUUGGCGAAGGACUUAGAUGUGGAAGGCAAAGGGAAGGUGAUGGUCGACCAGGUUCUUGGUUGGACGGACCGAUCUGUGAACAAUGUGGAGUUUCUGGACCGCUUCAGGAUGUUGGAGUCUUUGCGUCUACCAGUGUUGCUGAGCGGUGUGGGGUCAGAUGCAGAGCUUUCCGCAUACCUUGCCAGAUACACCACUCAAGCCAUUGUCCUUGCAGUUGGGGGCGGCAACUAUGACCUGGGACGUGGCAUUUUCAAUGCAAAGAGCUACCUUCAAGCCUACAAGGGGGGAAUGCUCGAGGCCUUUGGCAAGUUGUUUGCCGGCAAUGUUCGAUUGUUCGCGUAUCCCAAUAUCAGUUCUGAUGGCACCGUUUCCAGCGAUGUGCAGAUCCCCGGCACCGCUGAAAAUUUGCACCGAUAUCUGGUCGGUGAAGGGAAGAUCGUGCAGAUAGAAACAGAAUUCAUGAACAGCUCCGCGGUCCGCCAAGACACCAAUGAACCUUAUAGAGGGCAGUCCGAGGAUGUCGUGAGGCUCCUGAAAGAGGGGAAGAACGAGUGGGAGAAGUAUGUGCCCCGUGAGGCUACCCCAAUCGUCAAACAGUCGAGCUGGUUUCAGAGGUACGCUGCUGGAGGAGCUAGCUCUCAGGAGGUCUUGUACCAAGCCUUCAAAGUGCUGGAUGAAGUUGGUGAAGACAAAAAGUAGUGGUGAGUAGUGCUUCGUACCGUAGAAGCUUGCCUGAAAUUUGUUCAAAUUUAAGUAUCUGCCAUUUGAAGGCAGAUUUCUUUGGCCAAAAUCACUUAGCAUCCUGGAAAUUUGGUGUCUUUCCUAGUGGC